AUGUGCUGGAUCGGGAAAACUUGUGAAAAACGAUUACAUAGAAUUCCAAAAUUCACUCAGACAGUAUUCACCUUCGAAACCAAGUUUUCUAACUGGAUCAAUGGAAGUCUGAUUGGUAGUCUUGCACUGAGUGAUGAAAACUCCUCCUUAGCAUCGUGUGGAAGUGUUCAAUUUAACAUUGUACCUGGUUCAAACUACUUACCAGUAGCUAUCGAUGGAACAACUGGUAUUUUGAAAGUAAUUGAAAGUGAUUAUGAAACAAUGAAGAAUAAUCACACCAUCACUUUUCAAGUGACAGUUAGGAAUGUAAAUACUUCUCUAAAUAUAUCUGAUGAUGCAACGGUCAACAUUCUAAUUGAUGAAGAGUAUUCUGACGAAGAAACAGGAAGUGAAAUCACUGCAGUCAAGAGGGGCGUCACAGUUCCACCAAAUACUAUCCAUGUCACAUUUUCCAGAGUAUACAUCCAAGAUAAUCCAAAUUAUUGUCUAUUCGAUACAUGGUUUAUUGAUUCGGUAAUUGUCCUUCCACCUGGAAAUAAUAGUUUGAUCAUGAAAUUUUCUGGUCCGUCUCUAAAUAAUGUCUAUUACGGAUAUAUACAAUAUUUGUUUGCUUACUACAACGGUUCAAAUAUAGCAAAUAAUUAUACUGUGAAGUUUAGUAAUCUCACAUACUUGAACAAUAAUUCCUCGCCUUCAAGUUUCCUAAUGACAAGUCAAAUACUCGUUUCAUCUGCUCCUGCGGAUGAUGAGAAGAACUUCAGUAUUAGGAUGAGAUUCAAAACUGGUCUUUUUCCUGAAAUGACACCUCCAAUGGGUACCAGUUUAGUAGUUACAACGGAAGCAUUACUGACUCCAAAAAUUACCGUAGAUUUUUCCAUGGUCGUUACUUCGAACUGUCCAUUUCAAUAUGAUGCAGUUAAUUUCAUAAAGUGCCCUCAGUCGGUUAAUUAUGGUGGAGUCUAUGAUUAUUCUGUGAACUUCUUUAUAAGUAGACCAAUAGGAGAUUAUACGUUCACAUUCAGCACUGAUCAAUACAGUGCUUCGAUUGGACAUAUAUCUUUAACUCUACCUCCAACAUUUGCUACCUAUCCGGAAGGCUACAAAAUAAAUACGGAGGAAUUCGUUACAUCGAAUGCCGUACUGACAACUUUCGGCUACGUAAGUGUUACAAAUCUACUGAGUCUAGGGGCUUAUGAUACUUCUCUACCAGUGUCCAACCGCUCAGUUCGUCUGACAGUUUUAUUCAGAUCUCUAACUAUAGCUUAA